CGGCGGGGCCGCGCGGGGGCCCAGGCGGCCAUGGAGGGGCUGGCGGGGUACGUGUACAAGGCGGCCAGCGAGGGCAGGGUGCUCACCUUGGCCGCGCUGCUGCUCAACCGCUCCGAGAGCGACAUCAAGUACCUGCUGGGCUACGUGAGCCAGCACGGCGGGCAGCGCUCCACACCCCUCAUCAUCGCCGCCAGGAACGGCCACGCCAAGGUGGUGCGGCUGCUGCUCGAGCACUACCGCGUGCAGACACAGCAGACCGGCACCGUCCGCUUCGACGGCUUCGUCAUCGACGGGGCCACGGCGCUGUGGUGCGCGGCGGGCGCCGGCCACUUCGAGGUGGUGAAGCUGCUGGUGAGCCACGGCGCCAACGUGAACCACACCACGGUGACCAACUCGACCCCGCUGCGGGCGGCCUGCUUCGAUGGCAGGCUGGACAUCGUCAAGUACCUGGUGGAGAACAACGCCAACAUCAGCAUCGCCAACAAGUACGACAACACCUGCCUGAUGAUCGCGGCCUACAAGGGCCACACGGACGUGGUGCGGUACCUCCUGGAGCAGCGCGCCGACCCCAACGCCAAGGCCCACUGCGGCGCCACCGCCCUGCACUUCGCGGCCGAGGCCGGGCACCUGGAGAUCGUGAGGGAGCUGGUCAAGUGGAAGGCGGCCAUGAUGGUCAAUGGCCACGGGAUGACCCCGCUCAAGGUGGCCGCCGAGAGCUGCAAGGCCGACGUGGUGGAGCUGCUGCUGGCCCAUGCCGACUGCGACAGGAGGAGCAGGAUCGAGGCGCUGGAGCUGCUGGGCGCCUCCUUUGCCAACGACAGAGAAAACUAUGAUAUAUUGAAGACUUACCACUAUUUAUAUUUAGCGAUGCUGGAGAGGUACCGGGACAGCGAGAGCGUCAUCGAGAAAGAGGUUCUUCCACAGAUCGAGGCCUACGGGAACAGGACUGAAUGCAGGACCCCUCAGGAAUUAGAGUCUAUUAGGCAGGACAGAGAUGCCCUUCACAUGGAAGGCCUCAUCGUGCGGGAGAGAAUUCUGGGCUCGGACAAUAUCGACGUUUCUCACCCCAUCAUUUACCGGGGGGCGGUCUAUGCGGAUAACAUGGAGUUUGAGCAGUGCAUCAAGCUGUGGCUCCAUGCCUUGCACCUAAGGCAGAAAGGCAACAGGAACACCCACAAGGACCUCCUGAGGUUUGCUCAGGUCUUUUCCCAGAUGAUCCACUUGAACGAGCCCGUCAAAGCCAAGGACAUCGAGAGCGUGCUGCGGUGCAGCGUCCUGGAGAUAGAACAGGGCAUGUCCCGCAUCAAAACCACGCAGGACUCCGACAUCCACACGGCCCUGGACAACUACGAGUGCAACAUCUUCACCUUCCUCUACUUGGUCUGCAUCUCUACCAAGACCCAGUGCAGCGAGGAGGACCAGUCGCGCAUCAACAAGCAGAUCUACAACCUGAUCCACCUGGACCCGCGCACGCGGGACGGCUCCAGCCUGCUGCACCACGCCGUCAACUCCGGCACGCCCGUGGACGACUUCCACACCAACGACGUGUGCAGCUUCCCCAACGCCCUGGUCACCAAGCUCCUGCUGGACUGCGGCGCCGACGUGAACGCCGUGGACAACGAGGGGAACAGCCCCCUGCACAUCAUCGUCCAGUACCACCGGCCCAUCAGCGACUUCUUGACGUUGCACUCCAUCAUCAUCAGCCUGGUGGAGGCCGGUGCCCACACGGACAUGACCAACAAGCAGAAGAAAACCCCUCUGGAUAAAAGCACGACCGGGGUGUCCGAAAUACUCCUUAAAACUCAAAUGAAGCUGAGUCUCAAGUGCCUGGCUGCCCGCGCCGUGCGGAUCUACAACAUCAGCUACCAAAACCAGAUCCCCAGAACUCUGGAGGAGUUUGUGAAGUUCCACUAGGCCGUGUCAAACCUUUCGUGGUGGUGCUACCCCGGGACGACACCAGACAGCAGAAUACACACGUGUACACGAAGUUGUUUUGUUCCAUUCCUUUGGUUUUGAGUUCCUCUGGAUUCAGUCUGCAGCCUCAGUUCUCGUGCAGAUCUUGGAAGGGGGGGAGGGAAGAAAAAAAGCCACAUCAUUUUCCUGUAGUCGAAUCUGAUGUUUUGAGAUUUUGGUCGUUUCUUUUGAUUAAAAGAAUCGCUUCGUUAUCUCUUGGUUUUAUAAACAAAAUGAAAAGAAUCCCCAUGUAACUCGUGUAGAAUGUUUUGUUCCCAAUCCACAUCUCCACUCACCAUUUGCAGAUUUUAAAACUCCUCGGAGUGAGGUGGGAAAGAAAAAUUGCAAAGCCUGUGGUAGUUGGUUAAAAGUGAAGUCUCGACACCCAGAGCAGGUCGGUGCUCUCAUACCUCACCAUCUCUUUAUGCCUUUCAGUUCAUGCUGGAGAUGUUGGUAACGUUCCAAAGUUUCAUUUCACGUUGAAUUAAAUUUUGAACGGCAGUUAUCAACAGCUACAGACGUGGGGGAUGCUCUGUUAGGAAAUACAGGUUUAAAUUCAGCUCUGACAUGUUUUUCUAGUGGUAGCUGAUGCAUCAAGCUCUUCAUUUACGCUCCUGCAGUAAGUGUUGAAUAACUUUUGAGCUAAAAACUUGCACAUUGACCAAAAAACACCCGGAAUCAUGGUUUCUUUUUAUAUAAAGAUCAUGCAUGGAUACCUAGAAAAUCGAUGGGGUAUUUGUGUUUGUGUGUGUCCCAACAUUUCAAAAUGCUUUUUAACUCGUUUUUCUUUCUGUCCUUUCAACGAUCAACGUGCACCUUUUUUUUUUUUUUUUUUUUUUUUUUGACUCAAAGUACGUAAAAAAAACUGCACUCCUGGAUUCCAAACGCUGUACCUUCCUAACGGAGCAGUCUGUGUCGCCAAAGAGAGUCUUCCCUUGAAACUGGCUUUUCCAGGAAGCGUGGAGUCCGUGCCUCCCCGAAUUGGACUUAGGAUUUUUCAUGGUUUUUACUCCUUUCAUUAGGAAAAAAAAAAAAAUCUCUAUUAACGCUGAUUUUUACAAAAUUUCCCUAUCAUAAAUGUCUUUUAUGAUAAGCAACUGAUUGUACAACGCCGCUGUUGCUCGAGAACGUGCUUCUCCUUGGUAGAAGUUGCAGAUGCUCCAGCAGUAAAAUGUCACUUGUUUUGACAGGCUACUGAAAACUCUGGUUCUUUUAAACGCAGCUUUUUAACUGUCAGAUGAUGAAAGAAUGUUCUGUAGGUUUUUUUUAAACAAUCUGGGUAGAACUUUGAGGCGAGAUUUGGGCACACGUUUCUAUUUGUAUUACAAAUAAAUAAGCAUUGAAUGUGGAA